CGUCUCACUCUCGCCUGGGCAGAGAAUUAGCGAAGUCCAGAACGAACGAGAAUCAGAAAAGGGCAAAGGGGCCACAGGGGACAGAGUAAUAUCCGAAUACUGGAAAAAUAACCACCAGCAGCGCCUAUUUUCUACAUUCUUUCCUGCGCACAUCAUUGCCCUUUGACCAAAAACGAAUCCAAUUCGCUAUGGAUGCCACUCAAGUUUCCGAGCUAAGAGGGUUCAUCGACGAGUGCAAGUCGAAUCCCCGUAUUCUUCACCACCCAUCUCUGCUUUUCUUCAAAUCGUAUCUUCAAAGCUUAGGUGCUCAACUGCCACCUGAAGUUAAAUCGCAAUGUGAGCAUAUGCAGGAGACAGGAGGAGAGGCUGAAAUGUCUAGUACUAGGGAGGAUUCAGAUUCCAGCAAACCAAGUGAAAAUGAUGACGAUAUUGUUGAAUCUGAUGUUGAAUUGGACAACGCUGAUGUCAUGGAGCCCGAUAAUGAUCCUCCGCAGAAGAUGGGAAACCCUGCAGUUGAAGUGACAGAAGAGAAUCAGGAUGCUGCUCAGGUUGAGAAAGCAAAAGCUGUAGAGGCUCUCUCUGAAGGUAGGUUCAGUGAAGCAAUAGAUCAUUUGACAGAUGCAGUCAUGUUGAAUCCAACUUCGGCAAUACUGUAUGCAACUAGAGGUAGUGUCUACUUAAAAAUGAAGAAACCAAAUGCUGCAAUACGAGAUGCAAGUGCUGCUAUGGAGAUUAACCCGGAUUCAGCAAAAGCCUAUAAAGUAAGAGGGAUGGCAAAGGCCAUGUUGGGGCAAUGGGAAGAAGCAGCAAAUGAUCUUCAUGUUGCAUCAAAGCUAGAUUUUGAUGAGGAAAUCGGUUCAAUUCUGAAGAAGGUGGAGCCAAAUGUGCACAAAAUCAGAGAGCAUCACAAAAAGUAUGAGCGCCUUCGGAAGGAAAGACACUUGAGGAAUGCUGAGCGUGAGAAGAAGCGUCAAGUUGAAGCCCUGGAACGAGAAGCACUGUCUGCUCUAAAAGCAGGUCAAGUCAUGGGCAUUCACUCUACCGGUGAACUCGACACCAAAUUGAACGCGGCAUCCAGAGCUUCUCGCCUGGCGGUACUGUACUUCACAGCCACAUGGUGUGGACCCUGCCGUGUCAUCUCUCCUCUUUUUACAAGCUUAGCUGAGAAGUAUCCGAAGGUUGCUUUCCUGAAAGCUGACAUCGACGAGGCCAGGGACGUGGCAGGGAGGUGGAAUAUAAGCAGCGUGCCUACCUUCUUCUUCAUCAGGAAAGGCAAGGAAAUCGACCAGGUCGUUGGUGCUGAUAAAAAUGGACUUGAAAGGAAGCUUCAACAGCAUGCUGCUGCUUAAGUUAAGUUCAGACUUCGUACCUUGCGUGGAACUUCAAUACGUGACAAUUCGACUCUCGUUCUUGUUUCAUAGACUCCAAAUGAUAGCCGUGGAAGCGAAAGGUAGCUUGCCUCUGAUUGCUGUUAUUUCCUUGAGAUAGUGAGUCCUGCUGAUUGUAUCAGUUUACAUUUUAAUGAAAAACUUUUUGUGUGAGGAUCAUUCGAUCGACGGACUCACAAGCCACAACACUAAAAAGACAACCUUUUCGGUAC